UCUCCUCGUCAUCUCUCCUUUCUCCGUCUCCUCUCUCACGGACGCGGCACCGCCACGGAGGGCAGCGCCUCGCCACAGCCGGCCGGCGAGCUCCCCCCCCCCAACCCAUCCGCGCUCUCCCUUGCGGCGACCCAGGUCGGGCUCCUCCUCUCAUCCAGCUAUUCUUCUCGUCGGCGUUUGCUUCUGUCUCGUUUCCUCCCGGCUUCGCUCGCCGCCCGAGGCCUGCGCCCGAUCUCCCGCGAGCAGGGGCGCUGUCGUCCUGCGUCCUCACCGAUAAUGGUUGGUCCUGGGCAUAGGAACAGUCAUGGAAAGCGGCAUUCGGAUUAUGCCGAAAAUGGAGGUGGCAAGAGAAGAAAUCCUGGUGAUGAUACAUAUGCUCCUGGUCCAGAUGACACUGUCUAUCGCUAUCUUUGCCCUUCUAGAAAAAUAGGGAGCAUUAUUGGGAGGGGUGGAGAAAUCGCUAAGCAGUUGAGGGCCGACACUCAAGCUAAGAUAAGGAUUGGUGAGAGUGUCCCUGGCUGCGAUGAGCGAGUUAUCACAAUAUUUAGCUCAAGCAGGGAAACUAAUACCCUAGAAGAUGCUGAAGAUAAGGUUUGCCCUGCACAAGAUGCCCUCUUUAAAGUUCAUGAAAAGCUCUCAAGCGAUGAUGAUAUUGGUAAUGAAGAAAAUGAUGAAGGCUUAGCUCAAGUCACUGUUCGGUUACUUGUGCCAUCCGAUCAGAUUGGGUGCAUUAUUGGAAAAGGUGGGCAUAUCAUACAGGGAAUUCGCAGCGAUACUGGUGCGCAGAUACGAGUUCUUAGUAAUGAAAAUAUCCCUGCAUGUGCCAUCAGUGGUGAUGAACUCCUCCAGAUAUCUGGGGACUCAACAGUUGUCAGAAAAGCUCUUCUUCAAGUGUCAUCACGUCUCCAUGACAACCCAUCUAGGUCACAACAUCUUCUUGCAUCCAGCAUCACGCAGCCUUAUCCAGUGGGCUCCCACCUUGGUAGUUCCUCAACUGCACCGGUUGUAGGGAUUACUCCUUUAAUUAGUCAUUACGGUGGAUACAAAGGUGAUGCGGCGGGAGAUUGGCCUUCUAUAUAUCAACCACGGAGAGAGGAUAGUUCUCCGAAGGAAUUUAGCUUACGUCUUCUUUGUGCUGCGUCAAAUGUGGGAGGUGUAAUUGGGAAAGGUGGUGGAAUUAUCAAACAGAUUAGGCAGGAGUCUGGAGCUUUUAUCAAAGUUGAUAGUUCAAAUUCUGAAGAUGACUGCAUUAUUACUAUUUCUGCAAAGGAGUUCUUUGAAGAUCCUGUCUCCCCAUCAAUAAAUGCCGCAGUUCAUUUACAGCCAAGAUGCAGUGAGAAAACUGAUCCAGAAUCAGGGGUCCCGUCUUACACAACACGCUUGUUGGUGUCAACAUCACGUAUUGGGUGCCUUAUUGGCAAAGGUGGUUCAAUCAUUAGUGAGAUACGGAGAACAUCAAGAGCAAACAUACGUAUCCUUUCUAAGGAGAAUGUUCCAAAAGUUGCAGCAGAAGAUGAAGAGAUGGUUCAGAUCAGUGGAGACCUUGAUGUUGCAAGACAUGCUCUUGUGCAAAUAACUACUAGGUUGAAAGCCAAUUUCUUUGAAAGAGAGGGUGCUUUAUCAGGUUUCCCGCCUGUGAUCCCUUACCAUCCUCUGCCAGCUGGUGUUUCUGAAGGGCCAACUUAUCUAGGCAGAGACACUAAGCCUCUUGGGCGUGAUUAUCCAUAUUCAAGUGGAUAUCGUGGCUCAGAUGAUAUUGGUCCUGUUGACAGCUAUGCAAGUUAUGGCAGCUCCCAGGUAUCUGGAGGAGGUUAUGGGGCUUACGGUGGGUACAGUGGUCGUUCUGGCAGCAGUGGGUUAUCUGGCCCUAGUUCCUUUUCCUAUGGAAAGCGACAUGGCUAUUAGGAUUUAGAUUGUCAUAUACAACAGGCAUGUACAUGGUCUUAGUGGGGAUCUUGGCUUGAUGUGCAUGUGAUCUGAUGCUCAAUCGAGCGCGGGUAAGUUUACAGAGAAGCUCUCAAGUUUAACAGGGUCGAGAUUCUUAUCAAGUUGAGUUCCUUUUGUGUUUUGGAGUCGCCUUCUUUACCCUUAUCAUGAAGGUGCAGGAGCAUACACCGUGUGCAGCUAUUGCAGACUUGUUUCACCGCUAGAUGGAACGACUGCUGGAGCUAGAUGGAACGACUGCUGGAGUCACAGAACGUUGCUAGGCGGAGUCACAGAACGUUGCUAGGCGGUAGCAGGACAGUGUUGUAUCGUGUUGCUUUCAGAUGUUUGUCCCAUUUAGUUGGUUUAUGUAUGUAAAUGCAAUUCUCACCAUUAUAUUCGAACAGAUUGGUCGAAAUAGCUGAUUGUGCAUCUUUCCUGGAUUUACCCUGAUAUUCACUGUUGUUGGGGUACUGUGAUUGGCUGGUUACUUUUGUUUUUUUCUGUGAUUUAGCCAGAUUGUGUCAACUAAUUGUUAUACAGAGC